AUGGAUAAUAAACUUUUCAUUGAGAUCCCUUUCCCAAACGAGCGUUUUGCAUCCAUUGCCCAACAAGCCAUGAACGUUGAUAAAGAAUUAAAGACUGAUCAAGUAAACAGAGUGAUUACAGCAAAAGACAACUUACUUCAUGUGCAAUUUGAAUGUUAUAAUACCAAGAUGCUUCGUGUAGCAGUUAACUCAUUUUUAGAAUACUUGACCAUGGUGACGCGAACUUUGGAAGAAGAUUUUGGAAACUAG